AUGUCUUUGUCAAACGACCUCAAAGAAUUGAAAGACCUGAAAUUAAAAAUGGAUAGGAAUGCACGGAGAAGGGAGAGAAGACGCCUCAGAAAAUUCCAAAAGACAAAAAAACCACGUCCACCAAACAGUUUUAUCUUGUAUAGAACAUACAUGCAAAACACAAUAAUAAAUAAAUCCAACAAAUCCCCAACAAAUAUGAGGGUGGCCUCUAAAAAAAUAUCAGAAUUAUGGAAGCACGAGCCAAACGCCAUUAAAACUUUUUGGUAUCAGCUGGCAGUUAAAGAAAAAUCAAGAACUUCAGAUAAAACAGUGUCAGAAAUUGUCAGCUCGUUAAACCUUCCAAUGUGUAAGGUUACGUCGUUUGCUCACCUCUCAACAGCAACGACAUCUAAUUUAGACGAAGAAACAUACGAGCCACAAAUUACAUUUAUUAUAAAUGAAAAUAAUAUCAUAACGCAACAGUCGUUUCAAAAAUCAUUUCAAACCGUGACACCAACCAGUUGCAACAGCAACAAAAAUAAUAACGGCGAUGCCAACUAUCAUCAUAAUGCAUAUCAUGAAAAUGUUUAUUUGUUAUCAAUGAAUGACAUGACAUCUCCCCCUUCUAUAUCUCAUCCUCAUGGUUCAUUCGAUAAUAAGAACGUUUUAAGAGAUCCAUGUUUAGUGGAGACUUUUUAUGACACCGCAAAAUAUCACAUAGACGAUAAAAGUAAAGACGCAAAUUUCAACACUUCUCCGUUGAUUGAGUUUACUACAUGCGAACAAGAGCCUUUGGCGCCAUUGUUUGAUCUUUUGGAUAAUAACAAUGAAAAUAUCCAGUAA